UGCGAGUGUGAUGGUAGGAAGCAACAGAUGGAGAAAACGUUAGAGAAAACAAAGAUUUGAGCAGAGAGGAGAUGAAUAUGUUCAAGAUAAUCUGACAGCUGUUAAGGAAGAUCACUUAGCCGGACUUAAUUGUGCCUGAAUUGAAACGUUAAUACUCGCAAUUAUGUCUGACAAACAGCCGGGCCAAGCUUCCCAAAGAAAACCAUCGACAAACAAAAACAUCAAGAAGCUCCGCACAGUUAGCAUGGUGUGCAGCCUGACAAGUGGAUGGCAGCAAUGGGUGAAGGAAAAUGAGAAGAAGCAGGCCAGCGAACCCAGUGGCUGGGCUCCAUCUUCUCUGGGAGGACCAACAGAGAAACCCAAAAAGACAUGGGUCCCAAAGAAGCCUCUGAACACACACACCUGGCCAAAAGAAGCGUCUCAGAAUCAUGUCGUUAGUUCUGGAGUGGCUCAGACAUUAACUUCUCAAAACGAGACUCAAGAUGCAUCCAAGACUGAGGAGGUUAAGACCUCAGCCGAGCCACCGGCUGCAUCUUGCAUCAAGGUAAAGCAAGUGGUGAAAACGGUGACCAGCGGGGUUCAGGAGAAAGGUGCUGGCGUUGGGCUCCUGGCCGAGAAGAUCAAGAAGGAGUCUUUGCCAUCAGCUGAGGAGAUUGACAGGAUUCUGAAGAAAAAGACCUCGCCUACACGACGCAGAAAAUGCUCCAACAUGGUAUCAUCUCUAACCAAAAGCUGGAAGCAGGUGGAAAAAGAGCAGAAGCUUGGAAAAGAGGGAGGAGGAAUAGGACAGGGACACCCCUGUUGUGGUGACAAAGACAACAGUGGACACCCUGAGGCAGAGAGGGAGAGUGUGGACAUAAAGGAUGCUCAAACACACAGGAGAAGCUCUUUAAAAGAAGAUCUUGAAGGAGACUCUGAGUCAGCAGUGACGAUUAAACGACCCACAGUCCCAACGUACAAAAAGGAUACUGAGGAUGCCAACAAGAUCAACGCCCUCUCCAAGAAAUACAGUGCUGUGGGAAACCUCAAGAGCCGCUGGCAGAACUGGGCCUCAGAACACACAGUGAACCAAAAACUAAACCCCUUCAGUGAAUAUUUUGACUAUGAUUACUCCAUGUCCCUCCGCCUCCAAAAGGGUCAAGAAGGUUAUGGACGCCCCAAGGAGGGUACCCAAACAGCGGAAAGGGCCAAACGUGCAGAGCAACACAUACACCGUGAGAUAGAUGACAUGUGUUACGUGAUCAGGACUAUGGCCGAUCCGGACCCAGACGGAAAGACCCGGGUCACGUUUGGACAGCUGUUUGACAGAUACGUUCGGAUCUCUGAUAAGGUGGUGGGUAUUCUGAUGAGAGCCAGGAAACAUAGGAAGGUGGCGUUUGAAGGGGAGAUGCUAUGGCAAGGCCAGGAUGAUGGAGUGAUCAUUACUCUGCUGGUGUGAUGUUAACACCUGGGUCAAAGUUGUACUGGAAAUCCUCUUACAGCUAGUUGGCUUGCACAAUGGAACCUGGAACCUAACCUCAGUCAUCAAGCAGGGCUAAGAGGAGGAUUUAAUUUGACCUGGGUCUAUUCAGUGGACACUUUAAGAACAAUAUCAAAGGAAUUUGGAGACUACAAAGCUUGGCGGAUGAGUCUGUGUGGAUUAUCUGAAGAAUAUUUUGCUGCUAUUUUUGUAGAUACUUGAAGACACUUUCUGUCAGUGUUGUGGGUAUUUGAGCUGUGUCGUGCACAUGCUUUGAGAAAUCCGCUAAGACUUUAAACUUUUAAUUCAGGAGCUCUGGAGAGAUAACGUUCUAGCCUUUGGCUGCUUAAGAGUUGCUUGCAGAUUCUCAUAUGUGUCUCUUUAACACUUUCUUUAUGGCUUAUAUUAAUGAGAUACUUGAUUAUGUGUUAAUGUACCAAAUAACCAUGCAGCAGCUUUGCAAUAUAGUGUAGCACAGUAAUUCAAAUGCGGAUUGGGUUUUAUCGCCUGAAGAACUCAGCUCAGCAUUCAUUAUACUGCGCCAGGUACAAUGCAGAGGAACAGAGCAGACCACAGCACUUUUAAAUCUCACAGCCUGUUAGACUGAGCCUGUUAUGAUUAAUGUAAAGGGUGACUAUGAAUGUUUGGGGGAAUAAGGAAAACUUUCUUUUUCACUUCCAGUUAUUGAGUGUUGAGUAGAAUUUGUUACAGUUUGUAUCAUACGGUUAGUUACAAUGUUAGUCGUCUGUUUUAGUGUGUGACAAAUAAGGCGAAUUGAACAUGCUGUUUGAGGUACUUCUACUCCACUACAUCUCAGAGGCAAAUAUUGCUUCAGUACAUUUGUCUGCUUUAGUUACUUUUCAGAUGACUUCUUGUCCAGUGUAAACCACGUACCUCCAAAUUUGAUGAUUUUGAUAAACUGAAGGAUUAAGUGUUCCUUUUAUGGGCUGAGAAAGUUCUCCAACUUCUUAAACUUAAUAAACCAUUUAAAACCCUCUUGGAUUAGCUGGAAAAUGCAUUUCACAAAGAUCAUGAACUUAUAUCUCACAUCUAGAGUAUUCAGUCAGUCACUCAAUCAAUCAAUCAAUCAAUUGGUUUGUAAGGGAAAAAUCAUUUACAAAAGUAUUCUGUGAAAAAAGCUAAUUCUGGUAUUGUUUUAAGCUAUAUGUGAUAACUGUGAUUAAUUUAUAUCUGGUAGAUGCUCUUUAGCUGUAUUUGCUCCAGAAAUAACUAAUAAUAAUUAACAAAAUUAAGUUUAAAGAAAUAAGUUCUUGAAUUCAUACUUUUUUGUAGAAAAUUAUUUCAUUGUACAGUUUAGAUGUUUAAAAUGCAUUAUUUCUUUACAUUAUUGUGUUAACAAAGCAGCAUGUACUGGUUUGCAGAUCAUGGCGGUUAAGAAAAAGUGUGCAGAAUUUUAACACAAUUGUUUUCAGUAAUUUCCAGUCAUUAUUUCAAAAAGGCUUUUCCUUUGCAACACAACAAUUGAAUCAUUCCACUAUCUAGUACACAAUAGAUUAGAAUAGGUAAAUGCUAGUAUAUGCUAUCUGAUGUCUGUGCUUAAUUGUAGUCAGCCAGAGAUAUGACUAGAAAAUAAUUAUGAAGGAUCUUAAGUUAAGUUAAAUGCUUUGUAACACUGUCAGUGUCAACUAUCAGCCUGGUAACCUAUCUUUCAUAGUAAAAGUACAUCCAGUCAAUAUCAAAUGCCAAUGUGAAAACAAUAACUUGUUCCACCAUUAGAACUGUUAAAGUGGUUCUAGUGGUUGCUGAGCAGGUACUCUGGUCCUCCAGGGAAGACGGAGCAGACUCUUUUACACCAGGGAAAUCAUGGUAAAAGUGAACCCUGCCAUUCCUGACAACUCCAUGAAAAGGAUAAGCUGUCAAGCUGAAAAAUAGUUUUACAUUUACAGUACUUGGAAGAUGCCGUUUUCUAUACAGAUGUGCCUAUAAAUUAUUACCAACCUAUUAUUUCUUCAUGUGUUUUUAUCAUACCUGUCACUAGAAAACCACUUCACUGUGGUGAAUUUAGACUUUUCCUCUACACUUUUCUGCUAGAGGUUAAUCUAAAAUGACAUAACAUAAGAGUAUAUGAGUUCCCUCAACUGGUUUCCAGGAAGAGUCCUCACAAAAACAUUCAAAUACUGAAGCACAAUUACUGAUGCGCUUUCUCACUCCUGGCGGGAACUUGAGACUUCUUUUGUCACUGUUUUUGUGAGGCCUCUUCCUGGAAACCAUGUUGGGAAUUUUGCAUUUAUAGUAAAUACAGUUUCAUGUACUGGACCUCUGGCAGAAACAGGACAAGGAAAAGUCAUUCAAGGACAUAAGAUCAACUCUUGGGUUGGGGUUGGGUACCAUUUAUCAUUUAUAAAAUCACUUAAGCUGGUAAAGUUGCACACGUCACAUCAAAGUAAAAAGCUCAGACUUCCUGUUAAACCAGUGAGCAAAAUCAGUCACACAAAAAUAGAUUGUUAUUUAAGAUGUAAACUUUAAAAAAAAUCUCACAAGAUAAUGGCACGGUGAAGAACUAAACACAAGCUAUAUUCACAGAACCUUUGCUCUUUGCUAUACAGCCUUGUCCUGUAAUAAAAAAGUAAAAACAACCAAACAGCUAAUAGAACGAUGGCUAAGCAUCAGGAAGAAGAAACCAGUGAAUUUGUUUUGUUAUUUUAAAAAGAAGAAGAAGCCUAAGAAGUAUAAUUGUUAAAAAUGUAAAUACAGACAGACAAUUGUAUAUGUUCUUAAAAGAUAACACAAACACUCAUCUCUGAUGCAAUAUUCACAGGAAAUAAUCUUCUCAAAAUUCAUCCCAACAGCCUGUUUGACACAAUCUUCCUGCAGUUACUGUGUUCACUAUUGGGUUAGUUGUGGAGUUCAUUUGUUGUUUGGCACUUUUAUGCACUGAAUAUAAUAUGAAAAAAAUAUAUGUCACUUAGUCAGGAGAAGGUUGGGAUUGACUGCGCUAUAUGCAUGUAUAUAUUUCAGUACAUAACACAUUCACUGGCUAAUUCCAGUGCAUCCAUUACUAGAGUCUGUAGGCCAAGGCUUAUAACGAGAACAUAGAUGACCACAACCACUAAAUGUCAGGUAAUGGUAUUUUUGUGGCGGAAUAGUUAUUGUUCAGAGACUUUCUUGGAAGCUUUUUUGUUGCUGUUACCUCCCAUUUUUGGGACAAUUUUGUUAUUUCAUUAGCUUAUUUCAGCAGGAACUGUUGAUCACAGCUUAUUUGACAAAUCCAUUGCUGCACCAGAUUUGCCACUCAAACAAGUAUUGUAACAAACAAAGUGCUUCAAUUCCAUAAAAUAAUAUUUUCUAAUUUCUGCUUCAUAAAUUUAGGAUAUUCAUUUUGGUGCUUACUUUUUCCAACCAGGUAUCACACACAAUAAUUUUUAAUUUGAUCCUAAGAAUUUCUCAAUGUAUUUUUGACAUAUCCUCCCGCAUUCCAGUUUUUGUAAGCAUACUAGAACUUUAAAAUAAAAAUCAAAAUAACUUAGUAAAUUCCUUUCCAUUUUGAAAAUAUGCAUCACGUAAUAGGUUUCUGGUAACCUGGCAAGCAGUAGAACAUACCUCAUUAUGAUCAACUGAUUGCAUAACAUUUUUUUCUGAUAAAUUCUAAAAACAUUUUUUGUGUUUGCUGUGACAAUGAUAAAGCACAACUUGUUUCCUUGAUCAAAAGAAGGAUAUAUAUAUGCAUGUGGGAAAACCCAUUAAAGCUGCUCAGGAAUGCAUCACAGUGAUAUAACAGGUGCAUAAGGAAUAGAAACUAUAAAAGACGUGAAGCUACACAGACAGAUGUUGAAGCCUUGACAUCUUCAUUGCAUGCUCAACAUUUGAUUUGUGUGUAUCUCUUCAUCAUUGUGCAAGACAUAAAAAAAGACAG